CACCGGUAGAUGUCUCUUUUGUAGUUGCUACCAUCAUGGCGGUGGAGGUGAGAUUGUUUGUUAAAGUGUUAUAUAUGUUCAUGGUUUUGUACUCAACAGAAGUUACUGCACUGGCAGAAACACAACCAGUGGUGAAUACGAUAUCAUUAUUAAAUGUCACAUCAAUUACAAAUACAGACAACGAAUAUUUUAGAAAAUUUAUGUUAGAGUUUAAAGGCAGUAACUUUUUCCCUGGGAUGACUGUACGAUUUACUUCAAAUUCACAAAAGAAAGGUACUGAGUGUGUGAAUAGAAAUAUUUAUGGAACUGAGCCGUCUGCAGUCAUUUCAGUGUGGCAAAACUCAACAGUCGCCUAUAUGACAACCAUUCUUCCCGCCGAAAGUGAAUCUACAGUCUAUGUUUGUGUGAAGGCAGUUCACAUUGUGGCCUUAAAUUCUCUAAAUAUUAAAUAUGGUGGUGAAGUGAUUAAGUGGGUUCAUCAAGGUGAAGAUGUGGUACUACAGACAGGCAGCCACUUAGAUGGACAUCUCUUGUCCAGGAAGAGACGCCACCCGUCGGUUGAUAACGAGUCGUGGCGCAUGACGACGGACCGCGAGCCCGAGCCGCAGGUGAACGGCCUGCGUGUUGAAACUGCAGACCGCGACCCCACGUACGACGAUGACGGAGUGCCGGAGCUGCUAGCGCACUCACAGGCGGUGUUGCGUCUUUUCGGCACAGGCUUCAACAACCACACGCUCAUGACGGUGACCGAGACCCCUGGUGACCGCGGUAAACGCUGCGAAUUUCCUGUGGCAGACGAGUUUCCAGUCGACGCUGACAGUCUGUCCGAGUUCUCGGCUCUCGUGAGGUUCCGCAUUCCUGGGGUCAGUAGACCAGGCUCGUCAUACUAUUUGUGCGUAAAGAACGGCCUUGAUCCUAACCCACAGUACCUGCACCAAGGCACUGACACCUGGGUGGCUCUGCGCUCUUACGAGAAGCUUCUGCCCAUCUGGGUGUCCAUCAUCAUCAUGAUUCUGUGCCUCACUUUUUCUGCACUGUUUUCAGGCCUGAACCUUGGUCUCAUGUCUAUGGACCAAACAGAUCUCAAAAUUGUGGCUAAUACAGGUACUGAAGCAGAGAGACGUUACGCGCUUGCCAUCAUGCCUGUACGAAAGAAAGGAAACUAUCUCUUGUGCAGCAUCCUGCUGGGAAAUGUGCUUGUCAACUCCACGCUCACCAUCACAUUGGAUGACCUCACGUCGGGUCUCGUGGCUGUCAUCGGCUCAACAUUAGCCAUCGUCAUCUUUGGCGAGAUCUGCCCUCAGGCAGUCUGUUCACGUUACGGACUAGCAGUUGGAGCAAAGACAAUUUACAUCACGCGUGUUGUGAUGAUCAUCACAUUCCCACUAUCCUAUCCCAUCAGCAAGAUGCUGGAUCGCAUCCUCGGUGUGGAGCUGGGCAAUGUGUACAACCGGGAGCGUCUGAAAGAGCUGGUAAAGUUGACAACAGAGUACAAUGACCUGGAGCGGGAUGAAGUGAACAUCAUCUCAGGUGCUCUAGAGCUUAAGAAGAAAAUAGUGAGUGAAGUGAUGACCCGGUUGGAAGAUGUCUUCAUGCUGGCAUAUGACACUGUCCUUGACUUUGAGACUGUGUCUGAGAUCAUGAAGCAAGGCUACUCCCGCAUCCCAGUGUAUGAGGGGGCAUGCUCCAACAUAGUGACAGUGCUGUAUAUCAAGGAUCUGGCCUUUGUGGACCCAGAUGACAACACCCCAUUACAGACACUCUGCAAAUUCUACCAGAAUCCAUGUAACUUUGUGUUUGAGGACACAACAUUGGAUGUUAUGUUCAAACAGUUCAAGGAAGGCAUAAAGGGACACAUGGCCUUCGUUCAUCGCGUCAACUCGGAGGGGGAGGGAGAUCCUUUCUAUGAAACCAUUGGGCUCAUCACACUUGAGGAUGUGAUUGAGGAGUUGAUCCAGUCGGAAAUUGUUGAUGAGACGGAUGUGUGGACUGACAACAGAUCAAAGCGCCGCAGAAAUAACAAGGUGACCAAGCAAGACUUCACAGUGUUUGCAGAACGACGGGAAAACCAAAGUAUCCAUAUUUCUCCGCAGCUGACACUGGCUACUUUCCAGUACCUGAGCACCACGGUUGAUGCCUUCAAGCCAGACAUAAUAUCAGAAACUAUCCUGCGGAGAUUGCUGAAGCAGGACGUGAUCUACCACAUCAAAGUGAAGAACCGGGAAAAGGCCCGUAAUGACCCACAGGCCAUCAUCUACUCACAGGGUAAACCAGUAGACUAUUUUGUCCUGAUCCUGGAGGGACGUGUGGAGGUGAUGGUGGGUAAGGAGAACAUGAUCUUUGAAAGUGGGCCCUUCACAUAUUUUGGAACACAGGCCCUCAUCCAGAACAUCACUAUGGUGGACUCACCAACCUCACCCACACCUCAGAACAUGGGAAGCCUGCAGUCUGUAAAUCUGGAUACAGUGUUACGAUACACGUUCAGUCCUGACUACACUGUGCGUGCCAUCACAGAGGUAUUUUAUGUGCGCAUCAAGAGGUCAUUUUACCUUGCUGCAAAGCGUGCCACAUUAAUGGAGCGUGCUAAGAAAGAUACGCAGGGAGAGGACCAUUUUGAUGAUGAGGUGGAGAAGCUCCUGCACUCCCUGGAUGAGGAUGAUCGUAGCCAGGGACCAGUUGACUCUCCAACUCUGAGCCGAGUCAUGAAGGAUGCAAGUCACCACGCGUCACAAUGUGAUCGGGAAGCUCUUCAGCGGUGCAUCAUGGCUUCUGAGCGGAGCCCACUGGGACUCGGGAAUGAUGUGAGUAUGCUGCAGUCACUGUCAACGAGCAGUGGAUCAGUGCGUGGCCCAAACAGUCCAGUGGGUAGGGCCUCUUCCCCAGGUACAGAGCUGAAUGGCAGCGUAAAGACCAGAGGAGACCGUUCCCGCAGCCCAGCCAAGGAGGACAGACCCCUGCUGUGUGACAAGGAAGAUACAGUGGCAGCGGAGGAUAGGACUGUUCUCCUCCCUAGUGGUGGUACUAGCAGAUGCUAACACACAGAUGGACGUACGUUACUGCUCAGGGCAGUUGUUUUGUGACAGAAUGGGACAAAGCAUUACAGGAGACAUCCCUUUGUGACCAUUCUGGUACAAAAUGGUUGCCCUGUAUAAAUUCAGUGACCUACAGACUAUGGCUUUACAGAUAACAGAACCUGAUACAUAAAAAUGUUAUUUUGUAGGAAGCUGUAAUAGUAUUCCCAGUGACCUAGAGCUUUUGUAGACAGGAUUAGAUCCUGUGGGCUCAGCCCAAAGUGAAAUCCGGCCUUGUAUUUCUUUACAUCGAAAAUAUUGAGCUACUUAAUAUCCCCAGUAGUGGUGCCUGCAGGCAACUGACUCGACUUUUGUUAUUUUUUUAAUUAACUGCCAGUCCUUACUUUUAGUUUUAUAUAAGUCAUUUUAAUCUCCAUCAUCCAGUGGGUGAGAUGCCUUGUUUCACCCAAGCCUUGUGCUCCCAGUAACAUUGCAACUGAACAAAAGUUAUGUAUCUUGUGUUUCCGAGUAUAAAUAUGGACCAUUCUUGAUGAGGUACAAAAGUAUUAGUUUUGUUGGCUUGAACUGAACAUUGUCAGAAUUGCUGGAGUGAUAAGUGGAGUAAGUGGAUUUCAGGGAAGUUAAGAUAUGUCCACUGAUCUAUCUCUGCAUCAAAUAAAUUUGUAGUUUUAUAUAAGAAUAUUCCAAAAAGUUUACUUUAAACUGAAGGCAGGCAUUUCAUAUCCACUGAUUUGUCAUUUGCAUGACCCUAACUUGCACUAGGAUAUAUUUCUGGAAAUUAUAAUCAUACUCUGAAGUAAAAUACUAGCUCCCAUAAGAACAAAUUGCAUCUAAUGCUGACAGACAUGUUACAGAAAUAUAAUAAAUCAAUAACACUGUUCACCACUUGAUUUGUUGGUUGCAUCAAGGACGUGAUGACUGCUCCAGAUCAUUGCUACUAAAUUCCAGCUGUCCGUCUAAUAUGUGCUGUUUGUGUAAUUUGAACUACCUUAGUUAGGGGUCCUUUCAAAUCUUAAUUUUUUAUGUAGGGAAGUAAUUUUAAAAUACCUGUACUCUUGUCAUUUUUGGUUUCGUAUGUGUUAUGUUAAUGCAUGUGUCCCUGAUUUCAAUAUUUUGCAAACAGCUUUUUAUUUUAUUUAUACCCCAGAUGAUACAGUUUUUCUAAGAAGUAUUUUUAAUGCUGUGUACUUAAGAUUUCAGUUUUCCUAAGCAAAUUUUAAUGCCUCUAUGUACCUGAUUUGAUCAUUUUUGGGAACAGUAUCUUAAUGCAUUUGUACUAUACCAAUUUAUUUUUUUAGAAAUUGUUAGUGUCUGUAUAUCUGAUUUACUUCUCCCUACCACUUAUUAUUCCCCCCGCCCCCCAUAUUGGGCUUUUCAUUUAAUAUUUGGUUUAUUCGUAUGCCCUUGUGACAUGGUUACUGUUCCGUCACAACUAGUGUUUUAUCCCUCCAUAUAUAAAUAUUGCAGCUUCUGUAACAGACAUUAAUUUCUUACAUUCCAUAACUUAUUUUCCUUUCCCUUUUUCCGUUGAAUUUUUUUAAAUAAAGACCAGAAUUGUCACAAACUGCCUGAAUUACCAGAUAACAUGCGAAUACUUAGUCGUGCAUGGCAUUUCUAAUGUACUUCUAUCACUCAGCGUCACUUGUGGCCAUAAAUGCACUGCCAUAUCUUUUUUAAAAUACCCAUAGAUGUCCUUUUGAAACUUUCAUAACACUGGUUCCACUGGAAAAUUUGUUGUUGUAAAAACGUAUGAAAAAGACUGGGGAAUAGAAUUUAAAAAUGAAUUGCAUUUGUGCUUUUGCCCACUGGAUGAUAGGUGUUAGUAUUAUGCCAUGCAUUUGUUAGUAUCCAGUGUGCUGCUUGCUGGAUAAGUACAGAGUUCUCGUCACACUCCCUGAUCUCAUCCUGUUCUAGCUACGUCACUAGUACUAGAACGAGUACACACUGUAGAAGGCAUUGCAGCACGUUGGACAACUUGUUGGUUGGUAUACAUAUAUUUUAAUGUUGUUUGUAUUUUAGUGGGAAAGUCAUCAUAUAUUGCCUGUUGUUACUUAAUUAGAAUUUUGUAUUGACAUUUAUAAUCAGAAAGUGAAGCUUGUACGUUGGAGUGUACUUAUCCUGUUAUGGACAGAACUUGAUGUAAUGACAAAACUGAGUUUCUGUCUUAAAGCAGUUGAAUGCUAUAUUGUGUAACCCUCUUACUGCCAAGCCUGGUACUGUAGGCAAAUAUUCUGCAUGACUGCCAUCUCUUAAUAUUUGUAUAAAUUACAUGCCAUUUAAAAAUCAGCCUCUGAACAUUGGGUGGCUUAGUAGGACCUGUCUUGAGUCUCAUUGGCUCAUCUCGUUCACUGACAUGGAAAGGGAUAACCCUGCCACAUCAGGCAAGAAUUGACAGUCUAUCCCAAAGAAGUAUUUCACAUCAACACCUUUUAUGAGAUUGUGUACUUAAUUUGGAAAAUAAAAAAAAUGUAUUGUCUUUUGAAUCUACCACUAGAAGUAAGAUGUUCAUAAUUCAGUACAGAUACUGUUAAAAUUAAAUACAAGUAAAAUACAUAAUCACACUCUUUUAAUUAUUGUUAACUGUUUUAGUUAUGUCUUUCAGUGAACACUGACCAUAGUAGGCCAGUCACUGUACCUUACAUGACAUUCUCAUUACUCAAUUAACGCCUUUUCCCCCGUAUUUAUAUUGUGUGCUAUAUAUUAAUUUAUACCUACUAUAGCUGAUAUUCAUAAUAAAAUAUACACAUAAGCAGUAUUGAUGUGGAUGAACUUUUAAAAUAUUUAUUUUGGUCUCUUUCUUACUUUUGCUUCAUAGCUAUUUCCUGUCCAGUCCUUCAGCAUAUAUUCAUAUGGUUGGAUAUGUUUAUGUUGUUAAAUUUUUAUUUGCUGUAAUGUAAAUACUUGUUAGUGACCUUUAAAAUAAUAGGAAUUUCAGUUUCCCCACACAGUGUCCGGGCCGGAUUAAAUCAGCAUUUAAACGCUUUAAUGUACAGAGAAUUGUAAAAUAAAUUGUAGUCUAUUCCUAGCAAUUUUUAACCCAGAAUUUUCAAAUAAAAUUAAGAUGCAGAUUUAUUGUAGUUGGCAGCAAGAGGGUUAAAUUUAUUUCAAACAUGAUCUGGGAUGUGGGUAGUCUUAUAGGUAGGUAAGUGUUUUGGGUGAACUUACCAUUCCCAUUUUUUACCCUGAUGAUGGAGGCAAUAAGUUCCUCUGAAAAACUGGUAACCAGCUGCAAGACUACAUGGUGUCAAGUAAUCCACAUUUUCACCAACAUAAAAGCCUCACAACUCAUGUUACAUUUAUUUAUUUAUUCAUUUAUUUCAAUGGUGUAUAACUUUACUAUAAGAGUGGCAACCAUUCUGCAUUGAAGACAGAAACAGUGACCUGCAUUUUAUGACUUAGACUGUUACAAAUGGUCACAAUGAAUUACUGGAUUGUCUUUAGCAAAUGCAGAUUGUUGGUUUAUGAGGGAGAGAGUUGCACCCCCCACCCCCAUUUCACUAUUGUCACAUAGCAUACUGUGAUUGUUGAUUUCAUUGGCAUGCAGCUCUGUCCCUCUACUACUGUACAUUUUGAAAGCAAUAAAUUGUACUUACAGAA